AUGGGCAGCUCCGAAAUCAAGGAGAUUCCGAAAGCGAUGAAGUAUCCGCACAGAGCGAUGGAGAAAGAUUAUUCGGCGUUUGAGGAGCUCUUUCAGCACCUGAUUGACUCUUUUGAUUACAUGGUGGAAGAAGGAUUGAAAACCAUGGUUGAUAUGUUGAAGCCUAUUCAACAAUUUGUGGUGGUGAUUCAACCUCAAAAGGAACGCCUUACUCGUUCAAUGAAAGAGGCGUUAUAUCCUUAUGAGUGCAGACAAGCUAAGAUUCCGUAUACAGGGAUGUUUACGAUGGAGGUCGUGUUUCAGUAUGAUGAUGGGGUGGCCAUCAGAGAAAAAAUUAAUUUUGGCCAGUUUCCAGUAAUGUUAAAGUCAAAACUUUGUAAUCUAAGAGGCGCCUCAUCCAAUAAGUUAGUGUCUCUCAAAGAGGAACCAUCAGAAAUGGGUGGGUACUUUAUCUUGAACGGGCUGGAGAGAGUUACACGACUUCUUAUUCUGCCUAAACGAAACUAUCCAAUGAGUAUGGUGCGAAAUUCAUUUCGUGAUCGGCGAGAUGGAUACACGGAUAAAGCCGUUGUGAUAAGAUGUGUUAGAGUGGACCAAUCAGCUGUGUCUGUGAAACUCUAUUAUCUUAAUAAUGGAAGUGCAAGACUUGGCUUCUGGAUACAAGGCAGGGAAUAUUUGCUUCCUGUUGGCAUUAUACUUAAGGCGUUGAUUGACGCAAGCGACCAUGAAAUUUAUGUCAGCUUGACAUGUUCCUAUGAUGACAAUCUUGAGCGGGUAAAAGGUUCUGUUGGUACCAAACUUGUUGGAGAACGAGCCAAAAUUAUUCUUGAUGAAGUGCAGAACUUGUCUCUUUUUACCCAUACCCAGUGCCUACGGCAUAUUGGGCAGCACUUUAAACCCAUUAUGACUGGACUGGAGGAUGAGAGCUUCACUUCCGUUGCUGAGGCUAUUUUGAAAGAGUAUAUAUUUGUUCACCUUGACAACAACCAUGACAAAUUCAAUUUGCUCAUAUUUAUGUUGCAGAAGCUUUUUUCUCUAGUAGAUCAGACGUCUAUGCCAGACAAUCCAGAUUCCUUGCAAAAUCAGGAAGUUUUGUUGCCUGGUCACUUGAUCACCAUCUAUCUCAAGGAAAAGUUACAGGAUUGGCUCUUCAAAGUGAAGAGGCUUCUUCAAGAUGAAAUUCGAAACGGCAAGAAGUUUGAUCUUAUCAAUUUAGCAGAUGUCAAGAAGGUUAUUGAUAAAAGUUCUCCCAAACAAAUCAGUUUGGCUAUUGAAAAUAUGUUGAAGACUGGAACGCUGGUUACGCAAACAGGCUUGGAUUUGCAACAGAGGGCUGGGAUGACUGUUUUGGCAGAGAGGCUAAAUUUUCUGCGAUACUUGUCACACUUUCGAGCUGUACAUCGAGGGACAUCUUUUGCAGGCCUUAGAACAACAAGUGUUCGAAAGCUGCUCCCUGAAUCCUGGGGUUUCUUAUGUCCUGUUCACACACCCGACGGGGAGCCCUGUGGAUUGCUGAAUCACAUGUCUUCUUCAUGUCGUAUCACUUCUUACUAUAGUCCAAAUGGAAAUAUCAGGGAUUUCCAAAAAUAUAGGACCUCCAUUUUGAGUGAACUCGUUAGAGUUGGAAUGACUCCAUCACUACCAAAGCUUGUCCAAGCUGGUCCUCCUAAAGUCCUUACUGUCAUGUUAGAUGGACGUGUUGUUGGGACGAUACCAUCUGAUAUAGUUGAAAGUGCAGUCAGUUACUUGCGGACAUUGAAGCUUUCUGCAAAACCAUUCUUUCCUAAAGAUUUGGAGGUGGGAUAUGUUCCUUUGAGCAUGUGUGGAGCAUACCCUGGCCUAUAUUUAUUCACAUCCCCUUCAAGAUUUGUCCGUCCUGUGAGAAAUAUAUCCGUGCCUGCUGGAAAGGGCAACAACAUCGAACUUAUUGGACCCUUUGAACAGGUCUAUAUGGAAAUAAGCUGUCCGGACGGAGGUGAUGGUGGGAGAAAAGAUAUGUUUCCUGCCACUCAUGAGGAAAUCCAUCCAACUGGGAUCCUAAGUGUUGUUGCUAAUCUUACUCCUUGGUCUGACCACAACCAAAGCCCCCGUAAUAUGUACCAGUGUCAGAUGGGAAAGCAAACCAUGGGUUUCCCAUCACAGGCGUUACACUACCGUGCAGAUCAGAAGCUUUAUCAUCUUCAGACUCCUCAGACACCGAUAGUUCGCACAAAGGCAUAUGAGAAGUACAACAUUGAUGAUUUCCCUUUAGGAACUAAUGCUAUUGUGGCAGUUUUGGCAUAUUCAGGAUAUGAUAUGGAGGACGCCAUGGUCUUGAAUAAAUCGUCUGUUGACCGUGGUAUGUUUCAUGGUCAUAUUUAUAUGACUGAAACAAUUGACCUAGCUGAACGGAGCCGCUUUUCUGCCAGUUCAUCGAGAGUAUUUCGAAGACGAAAUGAUAAUUCAUAUCAGAAUGAUUUGAUUGAUUCUGAUGGUCUUCCUUAUGUUGGCCAAAAGAUAAACCCAGGCGAAGAAUUCUGCAGCAUCUAUGAUGAAUCUAACAAUCAAUUUUCUGGUAACAAGUUAAAAAGUUCUGAGGCUGCUGUUGUAGACUAUGUUGCAGUUGAUGUAAAAGGCAAACAAAACUUACAGAAGGUGAAUGUGUGUUUUCGACGUCCAAGAAAUCCUGUAAUUGGAGAUAAGUUCAGCAGCAGACAUGGGCAAAAAGGUGUGUGCUCUCAGCUUUGGCCGGACAUUGAUAUGCCAUAUUCAGGAAUCACCGGAAUGCGGCCAGAUCUAAUAAUUAACCCUCAUGCAUUCCCGUCGCGUAUGACAAUUGGGAUGCUUUUAGAAUCAAUUGCUGCUAAAGGGGGUGCCUUACAUGGAAAUUUUGUGGAUGCAACUCCAUUUGCAAGCUCAGUGAAGAACGCAAGUGAUGGACAAGGAUCUACAUCUAGUUCAGUAGUCGAUGAGCUCGGUCCUUUAUUGACUCAUUAUGGGUUCAACCACCAUGGUACAGAGGUACUAUACAGUGGAGUAUACGGGACAGAACUGACUUGUGAAAUAUUUAUUGGCCCUGUUUAUUAUCAACGACUUCGACAUAUGGUGUUAGAUAAGUUUCAGGUACGUUCAACAGGACCAGUAGAUAAAGUAACCAGACAACCUAUUAAAGGACGAAAGCGCGGUGGAGGUGUAAGGUUCGGAGAAAUGGAACGAGAUUCACUUCUUGCUCAUGGGGCAGCAUAUCUUUUGCACGAUCGUCUUCACACUAGCUCUGACUAUCACAUUGCGGAUGUUUGCUCUAUGUGUGGGAGCGUUCUCACGACAUCGGUGAUCCAGUCGCAGCCACUGGCUUUGCCUAGAAAUGAUAGGUACGGACUACCACCUCGCAGAAUGCCAAAGAAGGUCACCUGCGUUGCUUGCAAGACUAGUAAGGGGAUGGAGACGGUGGCAAUGCCAUAUGUCUUUAGAUAUUUAGCCGCAGAGUUGGCUGCCAUGAAUAUAAAGAUUACGCUGCAGUUGAGUGAUGGAACAGGAGCAGGAGCUUGA